ACUUGACGAGAGGAGUUGGUAGAUUUAGAGAGUUACUAAGAGCUGUUGAAACAAGAACCACACAAAAUCUGCGAAUGACAAUAGCAAGACAACUGGCUGAAAUUUUGUUACGAGGCAUGUGCGAACAGAGUUAUUGGAAUCCACUGGAAGAUCCUCCUCACCAAUCGCCUCUAGAUGAUCCACUUAGAAAAGGUUCAAAUACUAAGAAUUACACGCUCAGUAGAAGACCGCGGGUAUACACUGGAGAAAACAUCUUUUGUCCUCAAGAAAACACAGAAGAAGCCUUACUGUUGCUGCUUAUUAGUGAAUCUAUGGCUAACCGUGAUGCUGUACUGAGCAGAAUACCAGAACACAAAAAUGAUCGUAUUAUCAGUUUGCAAAGUGCAUCUGUAGUCUACGAUUUACUUACUAUAGCCUUGGGAAGAAGAGGCCAAUAUGAAAUGCUCUCAGAGUGUUUAGAAAGAGCCAUGAAGUUUGCAUUUGAAGAGUUCCAUCUCUGGUAUCAGUUUGCAUUGUCCUUGAUGGCAGCAGGAAAAUCUGCUCGAGCUGUUAAAGUCUUGAAGGAAUGUAUACGUUUGAAACCAGAUGAUGCAACUAUUCCACUCCUUGCUGCAAAGCUCUGUAUGGGAUCUCUCCACUGGUUGGAAGAAGCUGAAAGAUUUGCCAAAACAGUUGUUGAUCUUGGGGACAAAACAUCAGAGUUCAAAGCAAAAGGCUACUUGGCACUGGGAUUGACUUACAGUCUGCAGGCUACUGAUGCAUCUUUGCGAGGGAUGCAAGAGGUCUUGCAGAGAAAGGCUCUUCUUGCGUUUCAGAGGGCUCACAGUUUGUCUCCAACGGAUCAUCUGGCAGCAUUUUACUUGGCACUGCAGCUUGCCAUAUCCAGACAGAUACCAGAAGCUUUGGGUUAUGUUCGUCAGGCUCUGCAACUACAAGGAGAUGAUGCCAACUCUCUUCAUCUCCUUGCACUCCUGCUAUCAGCCCAGAAACACUAUCAUGAUGCUUUGAAUAUCAUUGACAUGGCCUUGAGUGAAUAUCCAGAAAACUUUAUAUUGCUGUUUACGAAAGUCAAAUUGGAAUCCCUGUGCAGAGGUCCAGAUGAAGCACUCCUUACCUGUAAACACAUGCUCCAGAUUUGGAAAUCCUGCUACAAUCUCACUAACCCAAGUGAUUCUGGACGUGGGAGCAGCCUGUUAGACAGAGCUAUUGCUGAUAGACGACAGCUUAAUACAAUUACGUUACCAGAUUUCAGUGAUCCUGAAACAGGUUCAGUCCAUGCUACAUCAAUAGCAGCUUCCAGGGUGGAGCAAGCACUGUCUGAGGUUGCUUCAUCUCUGCAAAGCAGUGCCCCUAAACAAGGUCCCCUGCAUCCUUGGAUGACUCUGGCUCAAAUAUGGCUUCACGCAGCUGAAGUCUACAUAGGAAUUGGGAAACCAGCUGAGGCCACAGCGUGUACCCAGGAAGCAGCUAAUCUCUUUCCAAUGUCGCACUAUGUUCUCUACAUGAGAGGUCAGGUGGCUGAACUUCGUGGAAAUAUCGAUGAAGCCAAACGCUGGUAUGAAGAGGCCUUAUCUAUUAGUCCUACCCAUGUGAAAAGCAUGCAGAGGCUGGCUCUGAUACUUCACCAACUCGGACGCUAUAGCUUGGCGGAGAAGAUUCUCAGAGAUGCCGUCCAGGUGAACUCCACGGCCCAUGAGGUCUGGAACGGCCUGGGAGAGGUGCUGCAGGCUCAAGGCAAUGAUGAUGCCGCAACCGAAUGCUUCCUGACGGCGCUGGAGCUUGAAGCCAGCAGUCCCAUCGUCCCUUUCACCAUCAUUCCCAGAGUCCUUUGAGAGGGCAUUUUGAUCAACCGAUUUUGGUCUGACUUCUGGGUGAGGAAACCCAGUGUAUCAGGUUGUCUGGUAACUGGUUAGUUUGAAAAACUUUAGAGCUACAGGUUACAAACUCCAGUCUUUUGCAGGAAAGUGGCCAAAACAGUGACGUGAUGCAAUAUGUUAAUGUUAGACUGAGAGAACAAAAUGGCUAGCCAGAACCAAAUCACUCGUAUCGCCUACGUUUUUGCCCUGGUAGUUUUAAAACAUUGUUAUAUUGUUCAAGAAUGAUGUGCCAUAUUUUGUUAGUGAUACUUGAGUGUUACAUAAAAUUAUAAUGGAAUCAACUACCAAACAUAGAAUAAUAUAUUCAAGUUAAAAUUCAGUGGCAGAGCAGACUAUUUUUAACAAAGCUGUUAAUAAAACUGUUCUCUUCUUGCCUCUCAACCUCUUUUGGCCCAAAGUCAAAAUGUGAAUUUUCUGUUUCCAUCUCUCUUUUAGUCCAGGUCAGAACAACAGUUGAGUUUUUGGUUUUAGUUCUUAAUAACUGUGAUGUGUGGCUAACUGUUAUCUCUAUUUAGAACAAAGGCUGAGUACAAGAAUAUUUGUAUUUUACCAAUGUAUGCCUGUUACAAAAAAUAUAUUAGUUAUUUAAGUUUAACUUUUUUAUGUGAAUUCAGAGUUUAUUUAUCAAUGGAAAUAUGUAAAAAGAAGCCUCAAAUGGAAUAUUUACCGACAUUCCUUAUACAUGACCCACACUUGGCUAAAUGAGAAGAUUAUGUUAAUAAUAAAACAGUUUUUAAAUGGAA